UUAUCGCUUUAGAGUCGCAGUCAUUCUUUUCCACCGCAUCACUACAGACUCGGGAAAAAGAUGACUAAGACAGGAAAGCCAGACAGCUACUGGAGGGACCUCUGUAUAAAAUAUGCCCAGGGCCUUUACCGCUUCUCGACUGACAAACGGCCAGGGGCCAAGAAAUGGAAAAAGGCCUUGGAGAACAUCGAUGCUUGCCCCCUGCAGAGCCAUAGUGGUAGUAAGGAUCUGUUCGGGAGAAGCCUUCAGUGCUCCUGUGGCUUCCACAAGGUAUGUGAAAUUAUUUUCCCCUGUGGGUUCCACAAGGUAAGUGAGUUAUUUACUAACUGAUUGUUUACAGGUUUGCUUGUUUCUUCCUCUGGUGGGCUUCAGUGAUUUUGCAGUAAUGCCUGAUGUAUUUUAACAACUGGAGAAAACUAGUAGUGUGGGAUUCUUAGAUGUAUGUACCAUGGCCUCUCUUUGUGAACCCCCCCCCAGCCAGCAGAUCUGUCAUCAGGAGCUGGGUCCAGUGAGGCAAGAGUAGUUGAGACGGAGGCAGGGCGAGUCCGAGUCGGCUCAGAGGCAGGAAGAGGAGACACGGAUGCAGGGGGAGCCCAGUCCCACACAGAGGCAGAGGCAGGGCGAGGAGACAAGGAGGCAGGGAGAAGAGACACAGAGACAAGGAAAGGAGUCACGGAUGCAGGGGGAGCCCAGUCCCACACAGAGGCAGAGGCAGGGCGAGGAGACAAGGAGGCAGGGAGAAGAGACACAGAGACAAGGAGAGGAGUCACGGAUGCAGGGGGAGCCCAUUCCCACACAGAGGCAGGGAGAGGAGACAAGGAGGCAGGGAGAAGAGACAGAGACAAGGAGAGGAGUCACGGAUGCAGGGGGAGCCCGGUCCCACAAAGAGGUAGAAGCAGAGAGAGGAGACAAGGAGGCAGGGCCAUCAGUGGCAGGACAGGAAUUGCAAUGCUACGGGUGCAACCAGCUUGUGGAGGCAGCACAUUUUUCAGAGCACCUGUCUGACCACCAUACUCAGGAGACGUGUGACACCUGUGGGGCCAAGGUGCAGGGUACUGUUGGUCUUUUGAACCAUAUUCAACAGGUUCACUAUGCAGGAUUCGUUAUGCCAUCAACGCAAAAGCCAACAGUCCUAACAUCGAAGCCAACGCCAUCACCACCGAAGCCCACACUACUACCACCGAUGCCAACUCCAUCUCUGCUCCCUCCUUCAAAUAGCUGUGCCACGCCAUACCACACUGCAACUCCACCUAAACCAACUCCAGUAGUUUGGAAAGGUUUUCUUCCCGAUCAGUUUCGGAAAGUAAUCCAACCCGCAGAUCAGGUGUGGAUUGCCAAGUGUUUAUAUGAGCCUACAGGUCAGCUCAAGCAGAAAUUUGAAGCCUGCUGGUUUCACCCCCCACUGGAGCCCAAACCCUCUCGUCCUGAGCCUGGGUGGUACCACCGGCAGAGGCUGUUCAUCUGGGCACCCAUGAGGAUGUGGGGGAUUUCCUUAAAAUGCCCAAAAUGUUCCGGGAAAAUGAACAGCUCCGGUAUAUACAGAAAGGUCAGGGAGGUGAUCGAUGUGGAUAGCCGCUAUUACCUAGUGGGAGGGGACUAUCCACGUUGCAGCAAGUGCUCGAACCCUUCCCUCUUAGUCUGUCCAUGGAGCCAGGAUAUUCUCUCCCAGUUGGAUGUGGCACACAGGAGCCUGUUCCCCGCUGUCCUCACAACCCAGCUGGCUCUGGACAGGAAAGCUGUGACUUUCCUAAAGCCAAGGACCAGUGGAAACAGUUCCUCCUACGUCCAGUCUGCGAUGGAAGAAGCGCACAGUGAGGAGUGGGCACGGCAGACCAUCCGCUACCUCUCGGACUGUGAGCGGCACAAGAAGAUGGCUACCUUCAUCCCCUCUGCAGCUGUCUAUCUUCCUCCACCAACCUUCAGGCCCCUUCCACUUGCUCAAUGGUUUGAGACGGUCCACUCCAACGACAUUCUCAGCCAUCUGGAUGAGAUGAAGGGUGAAGAGUGAUCACUUCUACUUAUG